UCGCUAUUGGUAACCGUUGUGUCAACAAAAAAAAAUAAUGUUUACGAAUUUACGAAUGGCGGCUUACGUGAAAUUUGAAGUUGCUCGUAGAAUUUGCAACCAGAAAAUGUAAAAUACGCGUAUUUAGCUAUAGUAAUGGGUAAUUGUUGGGGUCUGUUCCGUAGACGCAAUAUGCGUCGUCAUAUUGUUUUAAUUCUUAUAGGAUUGGACAAUGCGGGUAAAACGGAAACUGUGAAUAAUUUAGCUGGUGAGAAAGACGAUAAGGUUCUACCUACCGUUGGUUUUAAGGCUGUAAAUUUGAUUCAUAAGGAUACGCCUGUUACUAUAUACGAUCUGGGCGGCGGGCCGCAGUUCAGGGAAAUAUGGUGUCAGUACUACAGCGAAGUACAUGGUGUCAUAUUUGUGAUCGAUUCUAGCGAUUUUUCACGCUUGGACGAAUGCAAAACAGUGCUAGAAGAGGUUUUAUCGCACGAUAAAAUAUCUGGCAAACCUGUUUUGAUACUAGCGAACAAACAAGACAAGUCGGGGGCUUUAGAUGAUAUAGAUGUUGUUGAAAAACUCAAUAUAGAACCGUUGGUGAAUAAGUACCGAUGUCCUACCUUAGUGGAGUCCUAUAGCGCCACACCCAUUGAUAAUAAGUCGAAGAAAAUAAAAAUUGACCCCGGCCUCAGGAAGGGAUACCAAUGGUUGCUAAACUACAUCGUCCGACGUUACGGAGAUAUAAACUUGAGAGUGCAAACGGACAUACACGCCGAGUUGGAGCGCAGAAAGCGGAUGCUGAACCGGGCCUCGAACCGGGCAUCACAGACAUUCACAGCCGUCAGCGACGACAUCGCAACCCAGACUGGCUUCGAGAACCCGAAUUUCGGGAUCGAGAACUCGAAGGUCGAGGAUAAGGAACUCGGAAGCGGCUUAAUACACGUGAAGCCGUUACGGAAACCGACGAGCGUUGACUCCACCAUAACGAUAGAGAGCGUCGAAGACUCUGACAAUACUAGUGCCAAACCGCGACUGUCGCCGCUGUUCGGAGCGAGUAACAGCUCUACGUCAGAAACGGUUAGGAUAGAACUGGAGCCGAGGAGCGAGUUCAGGAAGCUAUCGCCGAUCGUUAGGAGUAAGGACGGAAACAUAGACUUCAAGAACAGGCCACAGUCCAGCCCCACGUAUCAAAGGAACAAGAUGCUAUCAAGCAAGAGUUCCCAAGAACGCGUUAUACUUGCGGAGGACGGGAAUCGGACGUGGAACCACGCGCCUACACACGUGGACUCUCAACUCGGGGGGUUGAGGGAGGUCGUCAUAACGGAGAGAGAUCCAGGGAGUAGGGCUGCAUCAUCGGACAUAGCUCCAUCAUGUCCAGCCACAUUACCAACACGACCUGCCUCCGCCUCAAGACUUGUGAGGAGACAGUUGGAGAUAAGCGGACACCGGAGGCGACUCAGUCUCAGAUACAUGCAACGUAACAAGACCAGCCCGGAGCGAGCAUCUAUGAUGAUAUACGAGCAGAAAAUACAAAGGCACAUGAACAAGGGUGACUGCAAGAAGACUGUCAUACACUGACAUGAUGCCCUACAAGGUUCAAUAACACAUAUAUUACCUAGCAUCCAUAUACAACAUUUUUAUAGUAUACUAUACAAAGUACACAUAUAUGUGUACAUACAUGUAUGUAUGCACAUCAUACAGAAUUGUUAAUAAACAGGGUUAAAAUUAUAAUUAAUAAAAGUCAAUUAAUAUAAAAUAAAUAAAUUAAUAUUGGCGGUCCUCCAGCCGGAUGACAUUGUUAAGUGACUAUUGUUUAAAUUAAAAUUGUUAUAUAAAUAAAAUAUUAAGUUUCUACCACAGUAUGAAUAUUCCUAAUAUUUUAUGUUAAGUUAGAUUUGAAUUUGAUUUGAGACCGCUGUGUGGACCAACAUAGUUAUAUUAUGGGAGGUUUAAUUGAAAAUUGUAUAAUUUUGUACUUUGUGUACCAAAUAAAUAUUAUUGCAAUAA